AUGUCUCACACAACCGAAGGCCGCCAAUCUCCACCACCAGAGGAGCAGCUCGGUAAACAAGGAACUACUGCACCCUCUAAUGCCAAAGGCGUAGAUCAAGGAGCUUCGAGCAAAAAGGAUAGUGAGAAAACCUUACAAGAGCUCAAGUCUAACCCUCCGGAUAGUUCUAUGGACUCAAAUGCAAAAUCAGCAACUCACAAGCCAGGGACUAGGGAUAAAUGUGGUUCUUGUUGUUAG